AUGAGUGAGGCAAGGGAGAGGUUGAAGGCCAUUGAACACAUGCAUAAGCUCUUCAAACAACAGCAGUUCAUUUUCAUAGCAGCCCUAGAGAGGUCACGGGAGCAUGCUCAUGAUAGGACAGAACCAGUGGCAUCAGUCAUGCAGGUGAGACCAUCUCAGCAGUUAUUCUCACAAUUCCUUUUUUAAAAUUAAAUAAUGAACCUAUCCCUUAUUGCACAGGUUCAAGGGUACAUGGAGCACCACUGCAGUAAUGCCACAGAUCGGCGCAUUUUCACCCUCUUCUUGAAAAUUGUGGGGGAGCUGAGGGAUUUUCUGAGGCUCCUGGAGGGCGCAAACCAAAGCCCUGGAGGUGGCAUCCUAGACACUUACAGGUUGCUUCUCAGCUACAACUGCAACAUCAGCAAACUGCAGGCCCAGUUGAGUGAUAGCUGGUUUGUCAAUGAGUUGUAAUGUACAUCAAGGACUGCGUUUGACAAUAGAUAUGGUAAAUGUUGCAGAAUAUUAGUUGCAUUUUUAAACUAGAGUUGCGAGGGUCAUCCACUGUUAGACUAUUUUGCCUGUGUUUUCUAACCCAGGUCCUUUCUUUGUCUGCAGUUACCCACAUGAUGAAGUGAAUCGACUGAGCUGUGACGAGGCCAGGAACUACUACAGUGGUGUGGUAAGCCUUAUCCCACUAGCACUGGAGCUACUGCAAAGGAUGGCCAGUUCCUACACCUACUGCAGCCAGGACAACACGUCUGCUGGGAAUCCUAAUGUUGAUGUCCUUGAGUCCUCAGCACAGCGAGGUGGGACGGCUGGUGUGGGAGACAUGUCUUUCAGCCUGACUGGGCACGCUGCUGGUGGUCAUAACACUAGGCAGACCCAGGCUAAGAGAGCAGGCGCGUGGCAUGCAAGCAAACCAGCCUGGAGACCUCCGGGCCUCACCGCCAGGAUUAGGCAUUAG